GGGGGAGGAGGGGGACAGAAAGCAGAAAUCACUGGUGUGGAUCAGGGAACUGAGCAGCUUCUACCUUUUGCCGGCACUUUUGCAGGGCUUGCACUGUCAUAUUUCCCCUCGACUCAUCUCUCAUCUACCCAUGGUGGUGUUGGCCGGGGCCCGUGAGUCCUUCCUGUCUGGGUAGGAAGCCUGUGGUCACCGGUGAGCUCAUGCACACGCACCCGGAGCAGAAGCAAGCCCUGUCUGUGCUCGGCAGUGCUGUGCAGGCUCUGGUGCUGAUGCCGCAGGGAUCGCUGCUUUGCCGCCUGCCUCCCACCUUGGCCAAGGAGCUGGUGCCCUUCUGCUGCACCUGAUUCACUGCCGCCGCCUCUGUCCUCCUGCUCACGAUGUGCCCGCUGGGAUGGUCCUGUGCCUCGAAGGGAGCUGUGGUCCUGGGAGCAGGAAGGAUGCAAGGGAAGGUGAGACACAGGACCCAAGGCCAUGCCCACGUGGAGUGAGGAGCAGCUCUGCCACCCACCCAUCACUGCAGACACCCUGCGGCCGCCAAGCCCCCCCCACGCUGCAGCCUCAACCCAGCCAUGGAGAGUGCAGAGGUGGAGUCGGACAUCCUGCGCCGGGUCCGCACGCUGCUGCGAGAGCUGGAUGGGCACCACCCCGCCUGCCAGUGCGACCGAGGGAUGCUGCGAUGGACCCUGCACAAGAAAAUCGACCAGAACCCCAGUAACAGCUCUGUCCUGGUCAAGAUCCUGGUGAAGGAGCUGGAAAGGGCAGAGCGAGGUGACUUCAGGCAUUACAUCAUCCCCCUGCUGCACACGCUGAUGUAUGCCUUGAUCAAGGCUCCCUGCAUCUCCAACGAGCUCUGUGGCAGAGUGUAUGAUUUCUGCAAGAAGCUGCUCACCCUGCCCAAGCCUUUCUGCACCAUUGGCUUGGACUAUGCUGCCAGGCUGAAGAUGGAAAGGACAGCACCAGGAAUGUUGUACCAGAGAAUGGUCAUUUCCGAGCAAAGCCUCAAAAGUGACCCGUAUCCUUAUCAGGAAAAGAUUUUCAUCUUUGCUGAUCCAGAGCUGCUCUCUGAAGCCAUCUGCAAUGCACUGGUCACCGACACGGAGGCAGCUCAGGUCUCGCAGAGCCCACGGGCAUGCAUGUGCUAUGUGAUCAUCCACGCCAUGCAGGCAGCCCUGGGAGAGGGCUGCGACGUCAGUGGCUUGAAGGCAAGCCUCCAGGAUAUGCCCAGCACCGAUGUGGAGCACUGGUUCCAGCAAGUGGUGCUGGCAGUGGAGUGUGCAGGAAGUGAGGCUGGCACUGACCGCGGGCAGCACGCAGCGAGGCUGGAGAAGAUCCACCACAGCAUCCUCAGCUCCUCACAAGCAGGCAAUGCUCCCCUGGGAGGGAUGCAGGGUACCCCUCUCCCCAACCCCAACAUCAGUUUUCACCUCUGGACAGAAGACGACCAGCUCUGGAAGGAGUUGGUGCUGUUCAUCCGCCCGCUGUCGCAGAGCUGCGAGCCCGACUGCCUCAGCCAGGACGCGGACGGCUUCGAGAUCCAGGACAUCAUUUCGGACUGCGAGUGCUGUGAGCAGAGCCGCUUCUCGGUGCUCUCCACUGACAGCGGCAUCGAGCGCGACCUGCCCGCGGCGGCCGAGGAGCCCUUCGCGCCCGGCAGCGGCGAAGCGGAGCUCUCCCGGCUCCACAGGAAGGGCGGCAUCAAGAAGAAGCCGUCUCCGCUGGAGAGCGUGGCCUUCCUGCAGGCUGGCUGCAACGGCCCCGCCGCCAAGCCCCCCGCCAAGCUGCAGAGGAGACCGGGCAGCCCCCCCGCGCCCGCAGCCCCGCUCCACAGGCUGCACACUGCCCGCAUCCUGCUGCUGGGCGACGACCGCAUCCUGGGGCGCCUGGCUCAAGCCUACCACUCCUUGAGGAAGCGGGAGACACGGCGAGUUUUCCUGACUUCCAGGCUGAACCUGCAGUUCUACUACAUCCCAGUGGCGACGGGGCAGCCAAACACCUUGGAUGUUACGGACCACACUGCCUCCGGCCAGGAGGAGCUCUGCGAGGUGGCUGGGUACCUGGGCAGAGCCGACCCGUGGUACGAGAGCAACAUCAACACUCUGUGCCACAUGAUUCCCAAGCUGGCCACCAUGCCUUCCUCACCGAGCAAACAUCUUGUGACUGAUCUGUUCAUCACUGACGUGAUCGCUUACUACGUUCGCAUGGGCAUCCAGCCCGUCUGCUUCCAGGUCUACUCUGUGAAGGUGUUCUUCAACGACCCGGCGCAGGAGCCGGCCGAGGACGUGUUCCUCACGGAGCUGCGCACCCAGGGCCAGGACAGCUUCUCCCACAGAGAGUUAAGCACGACCAAGAAGAAAACGACCCUGGAUGGCCCUGGCUUAGAUCUCACAGUAACGUACAAAAAGGUUGUGCUGAGUGAUCGGGUGAAGGAGCUCGCUAUGUCCCUGCGGUCCACAGGUCUGGUGAUGAAAGCCAUCCCUGCUGAAGAGGCUGAAGACCUGGUGUGUCUGAAUGUGAACAUCACUGAGAUUGUUCGGAUCAACAACUUGUCAGGACGAUCGUUCUCAGCUGUGGCAACCAGGUUGAAAACACGCAAUAUCAAAAUCAGGAGCACAGAGCAGAGGCCCUUCACCGUGUGUCUGGACAAGGACAGCAGAAGAACCUACAGGAACGUGAUCAGUGUGGAAGUGUCUCCUUGCCUAGAGCCCAGCUACUGCUUGCAAAAGACAAGGACAAUGAAAUACAACCUGCAUGAAAAGGAAGAUGUGGGGCUUGUGAAAUACAUGCCCAAAUCUCUGCUGCUGCCGAUCAACACGUUUGCAGGCGUCAUCCAAUGAAGCUGGUGUGAGAGAUGUGACGUUGGCUCAUCACAGAGGAGAUGGAAGAUGAAAACACACUAAAAGCCACCAGCAGUGAUUUUACAGUUGUCAUGGUGCGAAACGCUGCAACAGCAGAGGUGGAUGGGGCUGUGCCCUGCUGAAUGGCAGCGAUGACCAGAGCUGAGAGCCCCUGCCAAGGGGCAGAGCGAGGCUGGAGAACUGAGUUUUAAUCUUUUGCACAAGACAAGGAAAACCUUUGAGCUGCUUCAUUUCAGGGAGCCUGGGGCAGACAGAGCUGGGGUGAGGGUGCUGCCUGUGCUGUGGGUCACAGUCCCUGUCAGUAACAUCUGCGAUGGUGAUGUCUCACAGCCCGGCAGGGAAUCAGUGCCUGUCGUGCAGGGUUCUGCACAGCAUGUUCUUCAUUCUGGCACAGGGUGGUGUAUUUGGGCAAAUCUGCAAUUAUUCCCCUGACUGAUUUGGGAAAGGUCAUUGUAAGCCUGACCACAGCUGGGAGAGCUUGUGUUUAAUGCAGCUUCUAUGGGAGCCAGUGGAAAACCUGCUUUUGGUUCAAAGGCACCAUAGAAACAAUGAAGCUGGGAAAUGGGAACUCUGGUGCAAUAUUUGGCAGUGCUGAACAGGGCAUGAACAGCUUGGGCUGUCUGGGCAGUGCUGUGGGAUAGGCUGUCAAUGGUAUAGAUCUGCCUGAAGAAGGCAUCAUCGAGCAGACAGUGAAGCAGCUCUGCAAUGUCUGAGCUGAACCUGUGAGUCUACCUGGGAUUUCGCUGUGGCUUCAUUGCACAACCUCUCCACAUCUGGUCUGGAGCCUCAUGAGCACCAGUUACAUCCCUCCAGUUGUACAUCUCGGCAGCAACCACCUACAGCCCCAGCAGCAGCAGCAGAUCUCCUCUGUGAGGUCAGCCGGCAAUACCUCUCCAUCCCGGUCUGCCAUGCAGUCCCAGUCUGGUCCAUGUCUGCUCUAUGGGUAAGAGAUGUAGAAGAGUGCUUCUGGGAUUGAUGGGUGGGCAGGAUGCCUGCAAGACUUCUCAGUUCUUUUCCUUUGCUGCUGCCAUGGUGUACAAACACUCCCCUGGUUUGCAGAUGGGCAGUGACAGGCUCAGACUAAGCCGCUGUGAAGGAUGAUGGUGCAGGAGGACCCUGACUGCAUUCCAAUCUGUGGCUGACUGAAAGAAUGGAAGAAACGCAGCGCGUGCUUAUUGACUUUC